GCAAACUUCAAGCUGUCAUGUUUCACUAAGACCAAACACAAGUGCGGUGGAGUAGCAAAUAUGUACGUAGCGUAAUCUUGACAACAGAUCUCCAGAUUUUAUGGCCGAAUCCCUUCUUAAGAGGAACAUCUAGACUUCAUUAGUGAACUAUAUGUUAACCUGCUUACAGGCACUGUCUAUGAAGAGGACAUCAUGAAAUCCAUUCUCACUACAUGUACACUGUUUCUGGUACUUCCAUGGAAACUAACUGGUCAGACAACAAUCAGGCCAAGAAUCACCAGGCCGUAUACAGAUACUUCUAACUUUCAUGAAACAAGCAUAAGGAGCGAUGAACCAACCAUUUUCUCUCCAAACAACAAACAUUCAUUGAAACCAAAUGGAGAAACAAGCCACAGCCCACACAGCGCCCAGCUGCAUCAAGGUCUCUCUACAGGUCAUGAAACAACCAUAAGAGGCGAUGAACCAACCAUUUUCUAUUCAACAAACAUCAAACUUCCUCUGAAAACAAAUGGUUUGCAUGAAGGUACCUCUAAAGAUAAUAAAAAAACUACUCGGGGUGGUGAUGAGUACACCACUGAAGAAAAUGAAAAUGUCUUAUCUUCAGAAUCGCCCCAACAAACCUUGAGGCACCAAGCUAACACAAGUUUGAGUCAUGUCAAGUAUCUAACUCAAGCAAUGAUGACCUCUACAGGAGAAAAUAGGUCCUCUUCUAAUCUGUCCCUCUCACCUUUCUUGACAGAAUUUACACAAAAAAGGACAAUUACACCACAGCCACAGAAUACACCAGAAGAGGUCAUUACCACUAGAAACGAUCAUCAAACCUUAUAUAAUUUUAAAUCCACCAAUAAAGGACUUGAUAGAUACACUCAAGGAAACAGAACUACUAGAUCUGUAGAGAAAGAAUCCUCUCCAGACACUGGUAAUUCUACUCAUUUAGAAUUACAAGAGGUUACCACAAUUCAAUCAGUAGUAGACAUACAGACUACAGAAAUACUGACUACUGAAUGGUCUUCAUCUCCUAAAGAAAAAGAAAGCACACAACCUCCAAUGCUAACUAUCACUGCCUCAAAUGGAACUUUGAACAAUGGAACAAAUGGAACUUUGAGCAAUCAAGAAAGAAAUGACAUAGUCACCUACCCACUCGACACAUCAGUCACCACUGUUUUUUCCACUAGUGUUGGACCAACUGUUAAAACAGAGGUUGAUACAAGUGGUACUACUGACAUCAUGGAUAAGACAGCAACAUUUGAAAUAACAACAAAGGGCAUGAUUAGCGAGAGUAAACCCUACCCCAUCCCUAAUACUGAAACCACCCUCACAACUCAAAGAGAUAACAUUAAAACUACCAUAAAAAUAUCCCACAUCGGUGGCAAAAAUAAACACCCAGGAACCAUAGUAGCCAGCUUGAUUGGUAGCAUUCUGUUUCUUAUGUUUAUAGCAUUUUUGGCGGUUUUGGCAAGAAAUCGUCGAAUUAAGAAAAAGAAGAUGGAGAAUACUGACUGGGCUGGCCCUUCACCAUUCAUUGAUGGUGAGACCCACCCUAACCUACCAAAUGUCAGUGAGGAUGGACCAUUCAACCAUCGUGACUCCAGAAGAAUUUCUCUAAACUCAUUCCUUCCCCAGCGGCUUUCCAAGCGGUUCUCCAUGUUGAGCCCAAUGGAAGAGGAGGUCCCCCUUGAGAACAUUCAAGUAAGCAGUACAUUUGGGCACCAUAAUGACCAACCACUAAAUGGAAAAGAACAGGAAACACCAGACCAAACUCAGACACAUGACGCAAACAGUUCUCUUCCUGAAGUCUCAUCAGACUCCACCGCCCCUGAGCCUGUGAGCAUUCCUCCAGCUCCUGAAAACAACGAGAAAAUCCAGCCAGAACCUAAACUUGAUGAUGAGAUCAUUCCAGCUCCACCUGCAGAGACGAACAGCAUCACUCCGACUCCAUUUGAAGAAGUGGAUCUUAAUGGUUCUCCGGAUAAGAAUGCUGAAUCCACAUCACCAUCAGAUGCUAUACACAUCCCUUCUCCACCACCACUAGCACCAUCUUAGAAACGCUGAAAAACGAUUAGCAACCACAUGCUGAUGUUGAUGACCGCAUUUUGUACGCUGUUAAAAGAAAUGCCUUGGGGGAAAAAAAAAAAAGCAGCAUAGCACGAAAAGGAAAAAGAUACUCAGAACUCCAGCAUGGGCAAUUAGCUCCCCAAAAGAGGAGAAAAAAAAAAAAAUCACUUAACGAUAAUGAUAGUAAAGUGAUUAGUAAAGUCUCUUUAAGGCAAAUAUCAACAGUGUCAGCUAUUAAGUUCAUUUCUAUUCAAUCGAUUUCGAUAGAUAAAAUGAGCAAACCCCCAGAAAUCUAAAAAUGUGUGAUUUGUAGACACUAUUAAUAAAAAGCCAUGGAGUAUUAAAAUACUCCCUUUCAGACUACAUCGAGAGAAUGUGACUGUGUAGAAUGUGAUUUACUCUUACUCUGGGGGUAGCUGACGCUGCACAUAAAACCAGAAUGAGUUGUGAGCAAGAGACUAAGGGAGUAAGAAGCAAUUUCUAAGUAAAUUAUAGCAGUGUUGCAUGGGACAGUGUUCAAGUCUGUUUUUGAGUGCAAAAGCAGCAUGUCUAAUUUUUUUUUUUUUUUUUUUUUUUUUUAUAUGGUCUUAAAUAAUUCCUGCUUUUUAAUUUUAAACGACUGAAAAUGAGUGCACUCUUGCGUUUGCAUUUGCUAGCGUGUGGUGGGUCAGUGGUUAAUGUUCAGGCCUACUGAGCAGAAGGACAAGUUCAAGACAGGAUAUGCAGAGAAAAGUAUUCAAAUGCUUCGUGUUUGUAUGUGUGAUAAAGCGUCUUUCCUUCUUCACAAAAGGACAAUCUGACCUAAAGUGAUGUUUGUGCCGCUCAAAGUGAAAAAGUGAUUAUUGUUGAAAAAGGUUUAAAAUGGUAUUAAAGGGCAUCGAUGCAAUUUGUGUGAUUGUUUAUGCUGGUUUACCUGAACUAUUACACAAAGAAGCUGAAAUCCCCCAGGUUUGUUUAAUGUCCACUAUAAAAACAGCUUAUAAUUGCUGGCUUUAAGCAAGUGUAAAAAUAAAGCUUAUAUUAUAAACAA